AUGGCCAACAAUCACUUUAAAAUACUUCAGAUAAAUGCCCAAAAAUCCCAGGCGGCAUCUUCUCUGGUGAUUAAGACCGCAAACGAUCUGGAAGCGGACAUAAUUUUAAUUCAAGAACCGUACACUAAAAACAAUGCAAUUAUAUGCUUUGGCCAAUGGCAGGUUCUUUACAAGGGCAAAGGUGAAGAAAGACCAAAAAGUGGCGUAAUAAUACGCAAUAAAAAUAUAAAUGCAGCUCUAAUACCAGACUUGAGCUUGACAAAAAUAACCACAGUGGGCAUACAGAAUGGACCUAUUGAGUUCGUAAUCUGUAUUUACUUCUCACCGUACGAAGAGGACAAGAGUUGCGUAAAUGAAUUGGGGAGCAUUUUCCAAGCCUUACAAUUCAAGAAGCUAUUAGUAGCUGGAGAUGCCAAUGCAAAAUCCCCUAUCUGGCACCAUGAGGAGGAGGACGAAAGAGGAAGGCUAAUUAAAGACAUUCUAAAUGAAUACGACCUUACAUCCAUGAAUACAUCGAAACUUCCCACCUUCUUUAAUGGUAGGGCACAGGGCUGGACAGACAUCUGUCUGGCACCCACGGAACUAAGCAACAUAAUCAUAAAUUGCGAAACCAUUCUUAAGGACUCUGUUAGCGAUCACCGCUAUAUCCUCACAACGCUAAACUACAACCAUCCACAACUGGAUCUUGGGACUAACAAAUACCAGAAGAGGACGAACUGGGACCAAUUCCGAUCCCUCUUCGCAAGUAACUGGAGAAGAUAUAACUUCGUACCUCUUAUUGAUCCCUGCUCAAUUGAUAAUUAUGUACAACACCUCACAGAUUCUAUCAACUCUGCCAAUAUCCUCUCCUCCACCCUGAAACCCAGUAAUACCUACCGUACUCACUGGUGGACGGACAGACUAGAAAACAAAAAAUGA